GGCUCCCGGCGUCGUACUCCAAGUGUCGCGCUGCGGGCAUCCUUUGCGGCAGGCGCCGAAGUUGCAAGUGACUGUGCUGCUGCGGCGGUCAGGGAGAAGCCAUGCCUUUCUUUGAUGUGCAGAAGAGGCUGGGCCUUAACAUAGACCACUGGAUGACAAUCCAAAGUGCUGAGCAGCCUUACAGGCAUUCAGCUCGAUGCCAUGCUUUUGAAAAAGAAUGGAUAGAAUGUGCCCAUGGAAUCGGUGGUAUCCGGGCAGAGAAAGAGUGCAAGAUAGAGUUCGAUGAUCUUACAGAAUGUUUGCUUCGUCAGAAAACGAUGAAACGUGUGGCCACCAUCAAGCAGCAGCGGGCUAAGCUGAUAAAGGAAGGAAAGUACACGCCUCCACCUCACCACUUGGGCAAGGAUGAGCCCAGGCCCUGAGCCGAGCAGCCACUGAUGGCUGGAGGCUGAUUUUCAUGUUCUGUCUUCUCCACUGGGAAGAUUAUUUACUGAAAACUUUGUGAAAGGGUCUAAAAAUAAAAGACAGUUUCAUCCUGUCCUGUUUUCUGCUGAAUCAUACUUUGUUACA